AACCGCUCAGCAUCAGCUGGAAACACUCUGACUUUCCCAGCGUCACACACACACACUUUUACACACAAACAGUACAGUGACAGAGGCUCCUUAAAUAAUCCCACACUCAUCAUUCUGCUGAAUAUCCUUUCCCGUCUGUCAUCAUGAACAGCAAAGAACAGAUCAGUCAUGACGACUACCAGAAGACAGCUGAUUGGCUGAAGUCCCAGACGAAGCACCGCCCCAAGGUGGCGAUCAUCUGCGGGUCGGGCCUGGGGGCGCUCGCUGACACGCUCAAGUGUCAGGACUCCUUUGCCUACUCUGACAUACCGGGCUUCCCCCAGAGCACAGUGCAGGGUCACGCAGGGCGGCUGGUUUUCGGGGAGCUGAAGGGGAAGACAUGUGUGUGCAUGCAGGGCCGCUUCCACAUGUAUGAAGGCCAUUCACUCUGCAAGACGACAUUUCCAGUGCGAGUCUUCAAGCUGUUAGGGGUGGAGACUCUGAUCGUGACAAACGCUGCCGGUUCAUUGGCUGACGACCUCCGACCCGGUGACAUCAUGAUCAUUAAAGACCACAUUAACUUCCCCGGGCUGGUCGGCAUGCACCCGCUGUUCGGACCCAACGACGACAAGUUCGGACCUCGUUUCCCGGCGAUGUCUGGUUGCUAUGACAAAGGUCUGCGCAGCUCAGCGAUGGAGAUCGGGAAGCAGCUGGGCGUGUCCGAGCUCAUGCAGGAGGGCGUGUACGCCAUGGUGGGGGGGCCCAACUUUGAAACCAUCGCUGAGGCCCGGCUGCUGCACCGACUGGGAGUGGACGCUGUCGGUAUGAGUACAGCUCCUGAGGUUGUCGUGGCGAUCCACUGCGGUCUGAAGGUGUUCGGCCUCUCUCUGAUCACCAACAAGGUGGUGAAGAGCUACGAGGACACGGACAGUGUGAACCAUGAGGGGGUGCUGGAGGUGAGCCGGCUGCGCUCUCAGACCGUUCAGCAGCUGGUGACCGAGCUGGUCAGCAGGAUGGAGACCAACAACAACAAUGCUGUCUGAACACACACAUACACACACUGUGUAUAUAUUUGAUUGCUAUAUAAAAUAAAUUGAGCUAUUUCCUAUUUUAUCAACUUGUUAUUUUUUACUUUUGGUGUAAUAAUAACCUUAUUUAUAUCAAGAUGGCGCUUAAUAAUAGUUACCUAUCAGGGUACGUUUAUGUGUAAGUAUUCAUGUAUGAUAUUUAAUGCUAUUCCUAUAAAUUAAUAUAACGAUGACCGAUGUGUCUGAAGGUGCUUUAAUAUAAAAAGACAAAACAUUUCUAAA